GGAGGCGGAGGGCAGCAGGGGGGAUGAACAUAAACACACACCUCUCCUGAUUCAGCGGAACAGAUUUAUUCAGCGCAGCGUCCUGCAGCCUGAUGCAGCGAGCCUGCUGCAGAACGCACCAGACAAUCCCCAAACCGAAGCUAUCAUCCCCGCAGUGAGAAUGCUUCUGACUACAUCCUCUGCAACCUGGGAGACACCAGAGGGGACGCAGACUGAAAGGAAACAGAGAGGAGAUGGGGAAACUACCAAGCUGCUGCUGCACUGAGGGCGGGUCCUCGGGAGAGCUGGGGGACAAAUAGAAGAACUGUCUGCAUCCACCUGUCUACCCUAGUAGUCCCCCAGCAGGGAAAUGUUCAUCAAAAUGGGAUAGAUGCAAAGAUCUGCACGUUGCCAUGGAUACGAGCACGCGUAAAUUUACAGUGCGGAGAUGGUUUUCAAUCUACUUGAAAAACAAGGCUGCACGGAACAAGAACAGUGCUGGGUUCUGUCAGCUGGAGGAUGACAGCGUCCUUAAAGAGAUCGACAUCAGCCAUCACGUCAAAGAGGGCUGUGAGAAAGCAGACCCCUCCCAGUUCCAACUACUGAAGGUGCUGGGACAAGGAUCCUAUGGAAAGGUGUUCCUGGUCAGGAAGAUCCGAGGUGUGGACAGAGGACAGCUCUAUGCCAUGAAGGUCCUAAAGAAGGCCACUCUCAAAGUUCGCGAUCGGGUGCGAUCAAAGAUGGAAAGAGACAUCCUCGCUGAAGUCAACCACCCUUUUAUAGUUAAACUGCACUACGCCUUCCAGACUGAAGGGAAACUCUAUCUGAUCUUGGACUUCCUGAGAGGAGGAGACCUUUUCACUCGUCUGUCAAAGGAGGUGAUGUUUACUGAAGAGGAUGUGAAGUUUUACCUUGCAGAGCUGGCUCUUGCCUUGGACCAUCUUCACAGUCUAGGGAUCAUCUACAGAGACCUUAAACCUGAAAAUAUUCUUCUAGAUGAAGAUGGACACAUAAAGAUUACCGACUUUGGACUGAGUAAAGAAGCCACUGAUCAUGACAAAAGAGCGUACUCCUUCUGUGGAACGAUUGAGUACAUGGCUCCUGAGGUUGUGAACAGGAGAGGACACACACAAAGUGCAGACUGGUGGUCCUUCGGGGUACUUAUGUUUGAAAUGUUGACGGGAUCUUUACCCUUUCAAGGAAAGGAUCGGAAGGAGACAAUGGCGCUUAUCCUGAAGGCAAAACUCGGGAUGCCACAGUUCCUCAGCCCAGAAGUUCAGAGUUUAUUAAGAGUGCUCUUCAAGAGGAAUCCCGUUAACCGUCUGGGUGCCGGUCCAGAUGGAAUUGAAGAAAUUAAAAGACAUCGCUUUUUUGCAUCAAUAGACUGGGAUAAGUUGUACAAGAAGGAGAUGAGACCGCCGUUCAAACCGACUGUCGGAAGACCCGAAGACACUUUCCACUUUGACCCUGAGUUCACUUCCAGAACACCAACAGAUUCCCCCGGCAUCCCCCCAAGUGCAAACACGCACCAGUUGUUUCGUGGUUUCAGCUUUGUGGCCACUAAUCAAACCAAUCAGGAGGCCAGCGUCGCCCCUGUAGCGCCUUCACAUCAGGAGGUGAACAUCAACCCCAUAGCACAGCACAUUCGUGGUGAUGUGGCCUUCAAAGACGUGUAUGAGCUGAAGGAAGAAGUUGAACGGACGGGAGCAUUCGUCCGUAGAAGAUGUCACCACAGAGUCACAGCCGUGGAGUAUUCAGUAAAGAUUAUUGACAGAACCAAGAAAGAUCCAUCAGAGGAGAUUGAGAUUUUGUUGAGAUAUGGACAGCAUGCAAAUAUAAUAACCCUGAGGGAUGUGUUUGACGAUGGCCAGUAUGUUUAUUUAGUCCUGGACGUCCUCAGAGGGAACGAGCUGCUGGACAGAGUUUUGACACUUCCAGAUUUCACAGAGAGAGAUGCAUCAGACAUCGUCUGCACGCUGACAAAAACUGUGGAAUAUUUACACUCUCAAGGGGUUGUGCAUCGAGACCUGAAGCCCAGCAACAUUUGCUACGCUGAUGACGGCGGACUCCCAGAAUCCAUCAGGAUUUGUGAUUUUGGUUUUGCUAAACAGCUCAGAGCUGAAAACGGUCUGCUGAUGACGCCAUGUUACACCGCCACAUUCAUGGCUCCCGAGGUUCUGAAAAAGCAGGGUUAUGAUGCAGCCUGUGACAUCUGGAGCUUGGGGAUCCUUCUCUACACCAUGAUAGCUGGCUUCAGCCCGUAUGCCAGCAGCCAUAAUGACACUGCUGAGGAGAUUCUGGCUCAGAUCGGGAGUGGGAAAGUCAUCAUCACAGGAGGGAACUGGGACUUGGUGUCAGAAGCUGCCAAGGACAUUGUGACAAAGAUGCUCCACGUGGACCCUCACCAGCGUCUUACUGCCCCACAGGUUCUUCGACACCCCUGGGUUGUAGAGAGAGAACAGCUUUCUGACAAGAGUCUCACCAGACAGGACGCCGUCAUCGUCAAGGGAGCAUUGUCUGCUACCUACGCUGCUCUGAAGCGCUGUGCUCCAGCUCCGGUCCUCGAACCCGUGCACUCCUCCAGCCUGGCUCAGCGGAGAGGCAUGAAAAAGCUGGAGAGUCAAAACAGCACCACCACCUCGGAGCCUGAAGAGAGUCAGUGAUGUGAGAGGGUCGCUGAAGUCCUCACUAAUGAGGAUGGACUUUUUAUUUUAUUUUGAAAAGCACAAACCAUGCCAAACUCAAGCUUCCUGCUCAUACUGGCUUCAAUUUAGGCUUUGGUUCACCCAGCUCAUGGUGUAAAUGUUUUUUUUUUUCAAAUGUAAACUAAUCUAACACUGUGAUAUAAAUCAUUUUGUGUGUUUUCAUAAAAAGAGAGGACUCUCAUCCAAGUGGCUUUAAUAGAGAAGGUCUCCUAUUUAAAAGCAGAUGCCUUGAUAAGUCCUGCAGAAGUUUCAGGCUGUAUUUAAAGUGUCCUGAAAUUUCACUUUGGCUCCCCUAUAACAGGUAUUCGUUUUAAUAAAUUGUAUAUUUUAUUCAUACAUGUAGGGAAACCUUUGUGCAAUAAACACAGUGCAAUAUAUUCUGACAAGCCUUGAUUUUUAUAGGAACACCAUUUAUUUGGAUCAAAUAAGGUUGAAAACAUAAAAGUACAUAAAGGGAAAGUAGUAAAGUAGCUGGAUUAUUUAGACAUCAGCUAAAGUUAAUAAGCAGCCACCUACACAGUAAUAAUUCUUUAAUAAUGACUCAAUAUUCUUUUCAGUAAACGUUGAUUCAGUCAAAGAUGUAAAUAUAUUGUAAAUAUUCCUCAACAGGGAUUUAUUCCUAAUCCUAAUAUGACACCAGCUCUUUUUUUUUCUUAAUUCUAGUGUUAGGUAAUUUUAGUCUUCCUCACUUUUUAAAAAGAUUUAAAGUUGCUACCGUUGCAGAUAAGAGGAAUCAGUUAACCAAAGCAGGAAAGUAUGAGAAAUACUUCAUCAUGACACAUUUAAAGCAUCAUUUGAGUAGCAACGAGUAGUUUCUUUAUGUUGUAUAUGUCUGCAUUCUGCACAUUGUAUUAUUAUUUAUUUAUUUAUUUAUUAUUUCCUUCUUAAUGGGGUCCUGUAGUUCUGUUAUUAAGUAUCUGGGAGCCUGAAUGUUUCUACCCACUGUGUUACUGUCUAUUCCUGAUCCCCGGUUUUAUUCUACUGAGUUUCAAUCAGACAGUGGACGGCUGAGAUGCAGUAGCAAUAAUGUUGUGUUGGACCUUUCCAGUGUUUUAGCAUUUAUCAUUAAAAUAAAUCCCACUCUUACUUUUUCAGUCACCAUAAGCAGAUCAAACUAAGUACAGUUACAUGAGUAGCAGCCCUUGUGUACACACACUUACUGAUGCAUAGAUUCUGUGUCAUGUAGCCUGGACAGACGCCAUUUUUACAUUUACUUUGUUGCAGGAGGAAAUGUUGUACAUACGGUUUGCUAAUUUAGGAUGUACACACUGAUGCUUAAAACCCAAACUGCACAUGCCUAGAGUUGGUGUGUGAAGAACUGCACAGCUGCAGGUGAACACACACCGAGACUGUCAGUGCGGGUUUGUGCUGUGCUUCCAUUUGCUUAGAGUUGCACAUCAUGUCAACACCUGGCUAAAGUUUUACAAAUAAAAUAAACAAACUUUUACAACUGA